GGCAUGCGCUGCGCGUCUCUGGAACGUCGGGACCGCGCAAGACGCAAGGCGCAUCUGGUUUACUGUUUGUUGCAGUCCUCGUCCACGGUACGGCCGAGCCCAUAAGCUCUUCGGUUUGACGGGGUCGUGGCUAGUUUCGAGGCGAGAUAGAGUACGUCGUCGCCGCCGCCGCUGCCGCCGGCCGCUCAACAUGGGUGUACCGCCGUCCAAGGGGCCACACGGUGACAAAGUGAGGCGGUGUGUGAGUGUGCUGCUGCAGUGAGUGAACUGACGUACAGGUUUUGCCCUCGGCCGUUAAAUCGUCAUGUUUACACGUUAGCAAGCUCGCCUGUUAGUCGGCCCUAGCUCCAGGUCUUGGCUGUCCACGGCCGCCAACUGCCAUGGUCUGUUCCACAGCGAGUGCAGCGGGCACGUGUGCCGCCAGCUACCUUCAUGGCCAUUGAUAAAGAUGUCUUGUAGCGUUACUGAACGGGUGACAGACAACAGAGCGGGAGUGGUAGGUCCCCAAGCUGGAGCGGGUCCUGCAGGAGCGACGGUAACAGUAACGGCAACAGGAUGUAGAUUGCGGGGAACGGGCGCGAGUAACGCAAGCCUAGCCGCGUCGCCGAAUUCUAGGGGAAAUGCACCGAUCUCGACACCACCACAGAAUGGCCCUCAAACCGGUCCUCAGAGCGCCCCACUACGGUCCAAGCCCUGUUGCCUUCUCUGGUGUUGUUGCUGCAAAUGCCCCUGUUCCAAUCCUGGUGGUAAAGCAAACGACGAAAACGGCCCUACAAGGAAUUCAAAUAAUUCCGACCUAUUGGUUAACUGUGAAGCGGAACCACCACCAUCUUUGGAAGAAAUACGGAGCUGGGGCAGAUCUUUUGACAAACUCAUGAGAAGCCCAGCUGGGAGAGAAAUUUUUAGAGAUUUCCUAAGGGGAGAAUACUCGGAAGAAAAUAUAUUGUUUUGGUUGGCUUGUGAAGAACUGAAGCGGGAAACAAAUCCAGAAGUGAUCGAGGAAAAAGCGAGAAUCAUAUACGAAGACUAUAUAUCUAUCCUUUCUCCUAAAGAGGUCUCACUUGAUUCCAGAGUGCGUGAAAUUGUCAACCGAAACAUGGUGGAGCCAACGCCAAGGACAUUCGACGAAGCACAGCUGCAAAUCUACACCUUGAUGCAUCGGGAUAGCUACCCACGCUUCGUCAAUUCGCCAUUGUAUCGGUCGUUAUCUCAGCAGCAGACUAGUACAUCUGGUCCCCAAUCAGCUGUGACAACAGCCAUGGUGACAGUUUCUUCAGGGGACCAGGACGGUUAACGCCGUCCAAAGUUUCAACCAAGGCGGCCUAACAGAGACUCGACAGUCGACAAUAACCUCGGCGGGCGAUGGUCGACUAUAGGCGUCUGAUGCAAGAUGGUCACGGCCGACGCCACAAGCCGAUGCUUCGGAUCAUUCCUCGCACAGUGCACUGUGACAUGUGUCCUGGCCGCCGGGCCAGAAUUACCCCAAAACACAGGACCAAGUCCUAACCAGGACGCUGUGUGAUGUGUUCGCAAAACCGUUUGUUCUCGGCACAUGUUCACUCUGUACCAUAGCAAUCAUGACUCUGGACUGGAGGUCAAGCCGCUCACUUCUUAAAAAUUAGUGUUGUGUAAUAAUAACGAAUUAUGGUUCAUCUCACUGAUAGGUGGGUAAAAAAGAUGACACUUCGGUUUCCAUUGCCUGCCCUUCCAUACCCUAAACACUAUUCAGACAGUGGGUAUGGAGGCGGGGGAAUUUGUACAUAACUAUUCAUUAAACGGUAGGUAAUUGUUAGCGUAAAUUCACACUACACGAGUUUCAGUGAUCACUAGUAUUCACUUUGUAUUGGUUUCUAAAAAAAUUGUCGCUUGCGUUGUUCGAAUUCAAUCGGUUUGGCAUUCUCCGGAUAGUCUUUUUUACCCAACUAUAGGGACGGGUCUACGAUAAGAGAAAAAUUGCAGUAUAAAAUGUACCGUUUAAGUACAGAUAGUGCCCGUCAUGGGUUUACUGUAACAUUUCUGCUUAAGCCCCAACCCACACCUCCUACGCCCAGUCCCGCCGAGAUUACAAUAUAUGAAGAUGUGAUAUACUACGUAAUGUAUCUACGACCACGGCGGUUUCGCCCCCCUACCCCAUCACCUCAAGACUUGUUCCCGUAUCCCUCCCCGCAUCCCUCAUUCUACUAGCACUACACCAUGUACCCCUCUAUAUAGAGUACAAUAAUCGACACACUGUUCAUAUAAAUAAAUAUCAAAUAUACGGUUACUGUCUUCAUUUACAACAGAUAUUUAUUCCGAAGCCCUCAUCACUUUACAUUUCAUUUAUUUAUAAUGAUGUUUAUAA